UGCUUCUUCUUCUCAUUCUAUCUUCUUUGUCUUCUUGGUCUGAAAUCAUCUAGAUAGAUAGAAAGCCAGACAUGGCCAUCAAUGAAGACAACCAAAAUGGCAAAAAUAAAGGGACUCAAGAGCUUAGAGAACCAUUCAUCCCAAGAGAGAAGGUUAAUUCCUAUGAAGAAGUUGAGUCUCAUAAGAGCAGCAACAGGGGAACGAUAGGGAUGGUUGUGCUCAGCACAGCAGUUUCUGUUUGUGGUGCUUUUGAGUUUGGAUCAUGUGUGGGUUAUUCAGCACCCACUCAAUCUGCUAUCAGGGAAGAUCUUCAGCUAUCUCUACCUGAGUACUCAAUGUUCGGCUCCAUAUUGACAAUUGGAGCAAUGAUUGGAGCUGUAACAAGUGGUCACAUCUCCGAUUUCAUCGGUCGGAAAGGGGCAAUGGUAGUGUCAGCCUUGUUCUGCAUUGCAGGGUGGCUUGCUGUUUACUUAGCCAAGGGAGCGCUUUUGCUCGAUAUUGGAAGGGUAUUCACAGGAUAUGGAUGUGGAGUUUUCUCCUAUGUGGUACCAGUAUUCAUAGCUGAAAUAGCUCCCAAGAAUCUUCGUGGAGGGCUCACGACCGUGAAUCAGCUUAUGAUUGUUGUGGGAUCAUCAGUUGCCUUCCUAGUAGGAUCAGUUGUUACAUGGAGAACACUUGCUCUAACUGGGCUUGUUCCUUGCAUUCUUCUGCUCUUGGGUCUCUUCUUUGUUCCAGAGUCUCCCAGAUGGCUGGCAAAGAUGGGGCACCAGAAAGAUUUUGAAUCUGCAAUGCAGAGGCUUCGUGGCAAGGAUGCUGAUAUCACUGAGGAGGUAACCGAAAUUCAGGACUAUAUUGAGACUCUACAAUCCCUGCCAAAAGCUGGAAUGGUGGAUUUGUUUCAAAGAAAAUACAUUCGUGCACUCAUUAUUGGAGUUGGACUAAUGGUCCUUCAACAAUUUGGGGGCAUUAAUGGAAUAGGAUUUUAUGUUAGUGAGACUUUCAUAUCAGCUGGCUCUUCAGGAAAAACUGGGACAAUAGCCUAUGCUUGUGUUCAGGUCCCAAUAACUUUACUGGGUGCACUCUUGAUGGAUAUAUCUGGAAGAAGACCUCUUAUUAUGGUAUCUGCAACAGGAACAUUCCUUGGCUGUUUUUUUACAGGAAUGUCUUUCUUCCUCAAGGGCCAUGAUUUGUUACCUGAAUGGGCCCCAAUGCUAGCUGUAGCUGGAGUACUGAUCUACAUAGGAUCAUUUGCAAUUGGAAUGGGACCAGUUCCUUGGGUUAUAAUGUCUGAGAUAUUCCCAAUAAAUGUGAAGGGAGCUGCAGGAAGUGUUGUCACUCUAGUGUGUUGGUUUGGUGCUUGGGCAGUUUCUUACACUUUCAACUCUUUCAUGGACUGGAGUUCUGCAGGUACAUUUUUCUUCUACUCUGGAGUUUCUGCAAUAACCGUUCUAUUUGUGGCAAAGUUUGUACCAGAAACCAAGGAUAAAACUUUGGAAGAAAUUCAAGCAUCCAUUAACAUGUAACUUGGGGGGG